AUGCCUCCUUCACUUGUUCCUGGUCCCCAGAUUCGUGGACCUCGUCGUCAUCCCCUCCCUUCGACUUCGAAACAAGACAGCUACCCUUCGCCUAUAACAACACGACCGCAACCGCAACCAGACGCGGACGAGAAAGACAAAGACCACCACGACGAAGAGGAUAAAAAGGAUUAUUGUGUACCCGGAGACGAGCGCAUAAAAGAGAAAGGCACUGGCACUGACGCAGAGAAAGAGAAAGGCGUAGAAAAAGGCAACGGGAAAGGAAAAGGAAAAGAGCACGGAAUAGUGAGCACGAGCACGAGCAGCGCCUCUUCCCCGUUCACGCACCUAUCUUCCCUCCCGCUAUCAUCCCCACCUACCCCUCCCGCGAAGGAACGCCCCCUGCUCCUCUUCGCACCCUCGCCCAGAAGAACCCACCGUCGCCACUCGUCGCUGUCCACGGUAUUGUUGUCGCCUCCGCUACGGCUCGCGGCGUCGCCUGUGAUUACGAAGGCGACUACAACCUUCUCAACAUCACGCCCCUCGACACCGGCGCCAACACCUUUCGCGGCAUUAUCGUCUGCUUCGGCACUGCCGGCAUCAACCUUCGCGGCAUCGUCAUCAACGCCGGCACCAACAGCAGUGACACCACCCGCACGCACGUCGACGCCUCCCCCAUCACACCCAUACACACCUCGAACACCCAGAACUCCUCGGACCCCACGCACGCCACUCCGCGCAUCGUUCACCCCCGCCACUCUCCUGCUCUCACCCUCUCCCCCCAGAACAAACACGCAAACCCAUACACCCACCAAACUCAAAAUGAUGUCCCCACCGACAUCAAGCCCACGCCAGUACAGGAAUGAGCGAGAUCACGAGCCGCGCCCCCCGAGUCGCUCGGAGCGCCUCCUCCGGGACGCCUUGCGGUCUGCCCCCUCCACCUCUUCACACCAGCCCCACGCUUCCGCUUCGACCUCAUCACACCCCUCCACGUCGUCACGCCCAGACCAGCCCCAGGGCGCUUCGAACCCUUCACACACAUCCCCGCGCAGACACGCCCGAUCGUAUUCAUACAACCCCAGCCGCUCUCCAUUGCUCGAUCAUCACUCGCAACGCGGGGGAGAUGAACGGCAGGCGGCGAGGGAGCGGGAUGUGGAGAGGGAGAGAGAGAGGGACUUGGAGGAGACGGAGACGUAUCGCACGAUCUCGGGCUCGUUCCUCUUCCGCAGCGCGAUGGUGCCCACGUCGCCUACGUCCCCAACAUCUCCGUCCACGCACUCCCCCCAUUCCCAUCAAUACACGCAUGCUCCCCACAUCGCUUCUCCCUCCACCCGAUCGUCCCGGAACGCGGGUAGGGAUACGGAGAGAGAGGCGGACACGAGGUCACAGCGUGCUGCUCAAACACAUACUUCGGAACAUCGUCAUCAGCAAAGUCAACAGCACGAGCAGACGGAGGCCCAGGCGUAUAUGAAUGCAUACAACGCGCUGUCGCAGGCUUCCGCUUCCUCUUCUUCAUACCACCACCACCAACAGCAACAACCUAUUCAUUCAACAAGCUCGACGACUUCACCGAACUCUACCUCUAAUCCACAGAAUAUGAACACAUUACGUCCAGCACCGCUGAGCCCGCACGAGCAGGCCCUCCGCUCCCGCCUUGAGUAUGUCUUGGCCGUGGGACGGGUCGUCUCCCCCAAUGACUAUCCUUCUCCUUACAACGGGGAAAGCAGUCGGAGCGGCGACCUUCAACGACGGCAGAGCACUAAGUCGUCAAAGUCCCGCUCAAGUGCUAAUGGAAAGGGUACGAGCAGGAAGCUCGCCUCGGAAAGGAGUAUCAGCCCAACCCCAGCAUCUCGGGAUAGAGUGCCGGUUAUGAUGAGAGGAUUGGGGAUUCGGCUGAGUGGGGAUGAGGACGACUUUUUGAGUAGCGCUAUGGGCGGGGGGUACAUCAGUGGCGGGGAGGGAUAUUCAUAUUCGGCAUCUACACCCCCACGGUCGGCCUCGCCGUCGCCGUCAAGGGGAAUCGAGGCGGAGGUGGAGGUGUGGGACGAGCGCGGGGCGCGAGUGCGUGUUUCCGCUCGAGGGUCUGCUUCUGGGUCUGGGUCUGGUUCGUCUGCGCAAGUGCGAGAGGAGUUCCAGGGAACGCCGCAGACAUCCUACAUGCCGACGCCUCAGACACCCCAAACGCCGCAGAUGCAGCGGACGCACAGGACACAGAGCCACAAUGCGAGCCCGAGGACGCCCAGGACGCCUAAUCAUCCCACGCAGUCCCCCGCCCAGCCCCCGCGAGCAAGAGAACACAGCACGCCUCCGCGCAUACGCUCCGCCACCACCGCUACGACUACACCCUAUGGGUCGCCGUACCACCAACGGACGGGGGAGUAUAAGCGCGUGCAGUCGUCGCCGCAUGUCCCCAAAACUACUGCGGGUAUGACACAUGCGCGGAGCCGGUCGAGGACUGUACCCAUUGUCCCCACCUUGUCAAGUGGACCCGAGGUACCUGCGCCGAAGGGAAGGAAGGGAGAGAUGAUAACGCCUCCGCCAACACCUCCCCACUCGCCUUCUCCCCUUCCUCAACCUAAAUCAUCACUUCCCCCCAGUGUGGCGACACAAAGGGAGUCGACGACCCGCUCGAACACGUCGCUCUCCCUCGCCUCAAACUCUACUUCAGCCUCGAACUCGACCAGUACGUCGAACACGAGCGCAGGGGUGGUUACUCCGCUCGACCCACCGGCAGCCAUUAUGCCCGGACAUGCGCUCCCGAAUGCACCUCCGCAUACCCAGCUACAGGGGCACGGGGUGGAGAAGCGGUUCUUCUAUGCUGAGGGGGAGGCAGAUGCGGAGUCGCCGCUUGCCUCGCCGUUCCUCGAGCACGAGCAUCAGCGGCUCGGGCACAUAAACGGGCAGACGUCGACCCAUAAACGCGCCUUCUCGUCCCCUUUCUUCGCCUCGCCGUUCACUUCGCCCUCUCACCCGUCCCAUCCCUCUCAUCCAAGUGCCCACACUCAUGGUAUGCUUCAAACCCCUUCCACUACUGCCCUCCCGCACGCAGACAGCGCGACACGCCCCUUCAACGCGCGCCGCGCAUCAGCACAGUGCCGCACCCUCCCAGGGUAUGUGAGCUUCGGGGAUGUCGAAGGCUUGGGCGGGCCUCCCUCCCCGCUCCCUGCUGAGGACGUGGGUGCGGAUGGGAGAGCAGGGAAGGGGGAGGGGAGGAAGAGAUGGGGCUUUUGGUGA